AUCCGACAACUGUUUAAUUGUUCUUAGAAAUCAGUAUUUUUUAUUCGAUAUUGCUGCGUCAUUUUUCGUCGGAGAUCAAUAAGUUCGAAAUUAUUGGAGGAUUUCGGUCGGGUUUGGUGUUUCUUUCGUUCGCUGAAUAGCCUGUUUUCUUGUUUCUAAUUUAUUUUUGGAGCGAUCAUUUGGGUUGUCUCGUCGUUGCCGAUCGAGUUGAUGCGUUAAUGGCGUAAAGGUGUGGAAUUUGGUUCCUUAAACUCUGUUUCGCUUUACGACAUCGGGCUAUACCGUUAAAUUAGUUUGUUAUUAUGUUGAUUUGAUUUCUCCGCUAUCAGGAUUUUGAAGAUGGUCUCAGAAAGUCCGUCAAAUAUGCUGUCGGAUCUAGGCACUCAACCGACCCUAAGGGGCGGUCUUAGAGGAUUAAGUGGGAACUUAGAAGAUAGUUUGGGGAAUGAAAUUGAGUUCUUAAUGCGAGAGCAUCGCAGUAAAGACCCAAUCGAUCGUGAGAGGAAUCUCAAUAUCUACAGAAGCGGCAGCGCUCCACCGACGGUGGAGGGAUCCUUGAAUGCUGUGGGCGGUCUGUUUAGGAAUACGGGUACUGACCUUUCAAGGAUUAGUCCGAAUGGUAAUACCAAUGGAAUUCUGUCAGAUGAAGAAAUUCGCUCGCAUCCUACCUAUCUGUCCUAUUACUAUUCCCGUGAAAAUAUCAAUCCCAGGCUUCCUCCUCCUUUGCUCUCAAAGGAGGAUUGGCGUGUUGCACAGAGAUUCCAGGCUGGAACAUCGUCAGUUGGGGGAAUUGGAGACCGGUGGAAGAAGAAUUCAGUGAAUGAGGGCGAAAGUAAGUCGCUCUUCUCACUGCAGCCUGGUCUUUCGGCACAGAGGGGUGAAGGAGAUUUUGUGGAACCGAGGACGGUCACACCAAGGAACCUUACCAGGCAACCUUCUGCAGAAUGGUUCGAGAGAGGGACUGAUGGUCUUAUUGGGUUGGCUGGUGUGGGGUUGGGCGCGAGGAGGAAGAGCUUGGCCGACAUGCUACAGGAAGGACUUGUUCAUCCUGCUCCAGCAUCAGGUAAUAUUUCACGCCCAGUGAGCCGUAGUGCUUUUGAUGAUGUUGCAGAGCCAAUGGGCAUAUCUGACCCCCAAUUGGCACUGUUUAGAAAUGGAAUGGAAUCUUUAGAGGGCUUACAUUCUGGAACUUCUUCUCCUGGCCUGGUUCGAGUUCAGAGUUUCGGUUCAUCUGUUUCUCAAUCUUUAGCAUCUCCUAUGGGUUCAUCAUUGUCAAGAAAUGCAACUCCUGAACCUCAGUUGGUUGGGAGGUCUCCGGCUCCUGGUCUUCCUCCAAUGGGGAGCAGAGUUUUUGUUAGUGAAAAGAAAGUUGCAGCUUCAAAUGUCUUUAAUGGUAUUAAUUCUAGCAUGGGUGACACUGCUGACAUUUCUGCUACUUUUUCUGGCUUAAGCCUGUCAAAAAAUAGACUUGUUGAUGAAGUUAGUCAUGUACAAUCUCAACUUGAACUAGAAUUUAAUAAUCAGAGUUUUCCUUUUGAUAUGCCAAAUGGUCAUACCCAUAGUUUGCAGAAUCAACUUAUUGACAAGACUGAAGCUGAAACACUAACCAUACCUACUACUAUCUAUAAAGAGUGGGCGAAGAAGAAUGCAACUGUAACAGACCUUAAUUUUCCUAAUACAAAUUUGGAUGGGCAAGUGAACUUUCCCAAAAGAGAAUCAUCUGCCGCCAGUCUGUAUUCAAAAGUACCUUUUGCGGGUGGUUCUGCUGGGUUGGAAGGAUCCAGUGUCCAUUAUCAGAAUACGGAUUUGCCAAGUACUGACUUUGCUGGCUAUGUGCCUCGUAUGCAUUCUAUCAAUCAGAGGCUGAAUUUUGUGAUGAAUGAUCACCUUGAUUCAGGUGCGCCUUUGGCAGGGAGUGUAGAAGGACAAAGUCUGAGUCGAAGUGGAAAUCAAGUAGGGUCUGGCCUUCAAGUGCCUGUUAUGGACCCACUUUAUUUACAGUACCUGCAAAGAACUUCUGAUUAUGCGGUACAGGCUGUAGCUAGCCUAAGGGAUCCUUCUUCUUUGGGGAGAAAUUACCUCGGUACUUCACAUGCAGACUCUCUUGGGUUUCAGAAAGCAUACCUUGAGGCAUUGGUCACACAACAGAAACAACAGUAUGGCAUGCCAUUUCUAGAAAAAUCAGGUUCUUUAAAUCAUGGUUAUUAUGGGAAUCCUACGUUUGGUCUUGGCAUGCCAUAUCCAGGAAACCCUAUGGGAAGUCCUGUACUUUCUUCGGUAGGAGCUGGAAGUCCUAUUAGGCAGAAUGAGCGAGUCUCACAUAUCCCGUCUUUGAUAAGAAGUUCAAUGGGAUCCUGGCACUCGGAUAACGGCGAUAAUAUGGAAGAAAGUUUUGCUUUGUCAUUAUUGGAAGAGUUCAAGAACAACAAGACGAGUUGUUUUGAACUUUCAGAGAUUGCUGAUCAUGUGGUUGAAUUCAGUGCUGAUCAGUAUGGAAGUCGUUUUAUUCAGCAGAAACUAGAAACUGCAACUGUGGAAGAAAAGAACAAGAUAUUUCCGGAGAUCAUUCCUCAUGCUCGUACCUUGAUGACGGAUGUCUUUGGGAACUAUGUUAUUCAGAAAUUUUUUGAGCAUGGUACAGAGAGUCAAAGAAAGGAGUUAGCUAGCCAGCUUACUGGUCAUGUUUUGCCUCUAAGUCUUCAAAUGUAUGGUUGCAGAGUGAUUCAGAAGGCUUUGGAGGUGGUUGAUGUGGAUCAGCAGACUCAGUUGGUGGCAGAGCUUGAUGGUUCAGUCAUGAAAUGUGUUCGUGAUCAGAAUGGUAAUCAUGUCAUUCAGAAGUGUAUUGAGUGUGUCCCUCAGGAUCGCAUUCAGUUUAUUAUCUUAGCUUUCUAUGGGCAAGUUGUGGCACUAUCCACCCACCCGUACGGCUGCCGGGUCAUUCAGAGGGUUCUCGAGCACUGUGAUGAUGCCAAUACGCAACAUAUUAUCAUGGAAGAAAUCCUGCAAUCUGUUUGUACACUUGCGCAAGACCAAUAUGGAAAUUAUGUAGUUCAGCAUGUGUUGCAACAUGGGAAACCACAUGAACGAUCUGCUAUAAUCAGCAAGCUUGCUGGACAGAUAGUAAAGAUGAGUCAACAGAAGUUUGCUUCUAAUGUUGUGGAAAAGUGCUUGACUUUUGGUGGUCCCAAAGAACGUCAACUUUUGGUAAAUGAGAUGCUUGGUUCUACAGAGGAGAAUGAGCCCUUGCAGGUUUGUGAGUCCUUCUUUCUCCCUCUUAAAAUUGCAAGAUGGAUUAUCUAAUAUUAAGACCUUAAUAUGGGAAAAAAAUCAUACUAAUGUAUUAAUUGGAAUGAUGUUACCGGAAG